UCUUGGAAGGCUUGUUUGGGCCAGGACUAGUCAAAGAUAUCACCUUUUUCCAAGACUGCGAGCCUGAAGAAGUGUCUGACUGGUCCUUCGAUGAAAACUGUCUCUUCUGCUGCUUAAGACGCGAGAAAGUCAAGGAUCACAGUGUAGAGAACGGUGGAGGCAGCCAGGUGCUGUCGGAGUGUGAAGACUUCAAACAGGAGCAGUCUCGGAUCAGCCGGCUGGAGAGACAGGCCCAAGACUUCCUCAAUGCUGUGUUCCACAGAAAAGACCUCCCACGUUUCUCAGAACCUCACAUUCCUCUAGUGGCUCGUGAGAUCAUGCAGCGAAUGAUCCGCCAGUUCGCUGCCGAAUAUACCUCAAAAACUACUCAGGACGACUCGCCCCUGCCCAACGGCAUCAUGAAGGACCAAAGCCUGCCGAGAGUGGCGUCUCUGGCCCCGGCCCCAUCUGCUGCCUCUGCACAGAAUCCCGUCCUCAGCAAGCUUCUCAUGGCCGACCAGGAUGGCCCGCUGGACCUCUCCGUGAAAAAGAACCAGGAGGACCCAGAGACCAGCCAGCAGGAUGGCGUCCUGGACCUCUCCACCAAGAAGAACCACAGUGCAAGCAGCCACAACACCUUUCCCGGCUUCUCCCCUGCACCCGAGGUCAAAGGACGUUCCCUCAAAGUGGAACAGACCCUGCCAGAGGUGGAUGAGGAGGAUGGCCUCCUGCAGAGAAGCUUGCAGGACGGACUGAGGGAGAACUACGCCAACUCCAACUCUUUCAAGCCCCCAUUGGCACGCUCCCUGCGUAUCAAGGAAGAACUUCUCAGCCAGAAACACCGCCUCCUGAGCCAGCCUGCUGCUCUUUCACUGGCUAAUCUAGAGUCAGCUGGCUUGCUCAAUCAUGGGCAGUCCCACUCCUUGCUUGGCCAUAAGGGCUCUUCCUCUUUCUGGGGAAGCAAGGCCCAUCUUGAUAGCCUGCUGAAGCUAAAACAGGCCAGUGGAGCUCUGAGUGGGGCCCUCAGUGACCUCAAAGACUUGCCAACAUUCCUGGAGAAUCACCACCACAACCACCACGGAGCCUUCUCCUUCAAGAGUUCCCUCCACCAUCACCACCACAAUCAGGCCUCCAAGGCUCAACACCACCACAAUGAGGGCAAGAGAGACCAGGGCCACUCACCUCCUGUCGACCUAAAGAUCCCCCAAGUUCGAGGCAUGGAUCUCUCCUGGGACUCCCAUGCCUCUGAGCUAUAUGGCUAUGGCGCCAUGGGGGUUGGGGGUGGUGGCCAUGGGGACAACACCCUGAGCCGGAAGCUGAGAGCCAUCCUGCCCAAGCAGAACCGCCGUGGAGGAAGCCUUGGAAGCCUGCUGGAUGGGGCAACUGAUUACUGGAGCUCCGACUUGGACCACUCCAGUUCCGGGCCAGCGUACUCCACCUCUGACGUGGAAGGGGACCCAAACUCCAAGCAGCCGAGGAAGAAGAGGGGCCGCUAUCGCCAGUACAACAGUGAGAUCCUGGAGGAGGCCAUAGCAGUAGUGAUGAGCGGGAAAAUGAGUGUGUCCAAGGCUCAGAACAUGUAUGGGAUUCCGCACAGCACCUUGGAGUACAAGGUCAAGGAGCGCAUGGGAACCCUGAAGAACCCCCCUAAGAAGAAGCUCAAGCUGAUGAUGAAGAUGGAAACAGGGGGCCAGGAUUUUCCUGCUGAGUCGGAGAACACGCCUACCACAACCCCACGAAAUGACGGCCAGCCGCUUGCAGCUGCUGAGCUCAAGGACAAUGUGAAAGAAGAGAUUGAAGACAAUUUCAAACCAAUCGACUAA